AUGACCCUUUCAUUUUACAUCUUCCUUUGCUUGUCCUGUCUGAACAGUGAAGCAGCAGUUAAUUUCUUAUAUGCCAACUGCCCAUCUGCAGGUACAACUACUUACACUCGGAAUAGCACUUAUCAGAGAAACCUCAAUUUCAUUCUAUCAUCUCUUCAAUCCAACUCUACUGUUGAAAGUGGAUUCUACAACCUCGAGGUUGGCCAAGACCCUUCGGAUAUUGUUUAUGGCCUCUUUCUUUGCCGUGGUGAUGUCACCCAAGAUAUCUGUCAAGAAUGCGUUAACACGGCUGCCGGCGAGAUAGUUCUUCUUUGCCCCGACCAGAAAACGGCUUUGAUUGUCUACGACGAGUGCACCAUACGUUACUCCGACCGGUCUUUCUUCUCCCAGUGGAAAAUGGAAUUUGUUCUGUAUACGUCCAAUACCAGUAAUGUUUCAACACCAGACGGAUUCAUGGCGUUGCUUGAAAACACGACGAAAGGAAUAGCGGGGCAGGCUGCUAAUGAUCAGUCAGGACGAAAGUUUGCUACUGAAGAAGCCGAUUUCAAUAGUUUCCCAAAGCUUUACACACUGGCUCAAUGCACAACGGAUUUAUCUGUGUCCAGUUGUUAUAACUGCCUUCGAACAGCUAUUUCUUAUCUUCCAAUAUGCUGCCUUGGAAAACAAGGAGGCAGCGUUAUGCUUCAGAGCUGUAACAUCAGAUAUGAAUUGUACCCUUUUUACCGGAUCACAGCGGAGCCUCAAGAGGAUAAAGAAAUUAGCCAAGAAGUUCAAUUACUUGACUUGGUAGAGGGAAGAUUUCGCAAUGAGCAUACAAGCGAGGAUUCUAGCGGAGAAAAAGGGGCAGGAUCUCAGAAGCUAAUUCCUUCAUUUCAAUUGCAUAUUUUACAUGCAGCGACAAAUCACUUUUCUGAUGAAAAUAAGCUAGGGAAGGGUGGAUUUGGCCCUGUUUACAAGGUAACUAGGUUAGGAAUUUUAGUACUAUUUAAUGUUUGA